AUGAACCUCAAGCUCAAGCCGCGCGAGCAGGAGGUGAUCCUCGAGACGAAGGCGGAGCACGUCAACGAGGACUUCUCGCACAGCGACCUCGUGGGCGCGAUAUACACCGAGGGCGACCUCCGCGGGAGCGACUUCAGCGGCAGCGAUCUGCGCGCGGCGAUCUUCUCGCGCGCGAUCAUGCCGGGCGUGAACCUCGAGGGGUCGGACAUGCAGAACGCGUUUCUCGACUACGUCGUCCUGCGCGGCGCCAACAUGCGCGGCGUGAUCGCGUCCGGCGCGAACUUCGUUCGGAGCGACCUCGGGGACGUGGACGUCACGAACGCGGACUUCACCGAGGCGGUGAUCGAUCGGUAUCAGGCGCGUUCUAUCUCACACUGGUCCCCAUACGACCCCCUGUGCGACGGCGCGAGCGGCGUGAACGAAUUCACCGGCGUGGACACGCGCGACUCGUUGGGGUGCGAUCGUCUGAAGCGGUACGAGGGGUUCAACAAGGAGAACGACAAGGUGAAGGUGUCGAAAGAGAGCGGGACGUGGGGGGGCGGGAAGUGA